GCGUUGCACAGUGUUAGGCGGAGCCGCAGUGAGCAGAUGGGGGAGACCAUCUCCAGUCUGAAACAGGACAAGGAGCUGCUGCAGCAGGAACUCACUAAGAAGGCUGAACUCAUCUGUGACUUCCUGCAAGACCAGCUACGACCAGGUACGCUCUUACUACGCCCAGAGAAGAGGCGUGGUCUUUCGUCCAGCCAGAUGGAGCUGGGGACGGGUAGCUCCUCCCACAUGGGGGUGGGUUUCCCUGAUGAGGGUGUGGCUUUUGAGAACCCCGCCCUAUUCGACAGCUUUGAGGAGGUGGAGCUCCACAGGGUGAUGAAGAGCUCCAAGAGGAGCAGAGAUGGAGAGAACACACGAGUUAGGAUGAAGAACGUGGUGGGCGUCAUCGCCAGGUACAUGGCGGCCCUGCAGGAGUUCAGACGCAGCGUCUCCAUGAAGGUGGCGUUCGACCGCGUGGGCGUCGACCGCAACACCAUCUCACGGACGGCCGCCAUCGCCGAGCUGAGCCUGGCCGCUCCGGAGGUAAAUCCUUCUUAUCAGACGAUGGGGACUUUUUAAUCUAAGGCAUUGAGU